AUGGCGGCAUCAUGGACGUGUAUGUUUCUGUGUACUCUCAUACACGUUUGCUUUGGGGGAAAAAGCAGUGCCCAGGUUUCUGAAAUUAUUUCUUCCCUUGACGACGACAUCAUACAUGAGCUAGAACAGCGAUUGUUUGUCAGACUUCUGGAGAGGAUGGAGAGAGAAGAGCGAAUAGCAUGUUUGAAGACAAUAUAUCUGCUUGAGAAGAACAGGCUACUUGAAAAUCGUCUGCUUGACGUUGAAAUUCGUCUAGCCUUGGCGGAGGAAAAACUCGGACGGCUAGACGACUCAGUGUUUGAAACGUCAAAUAGCGUUGCAGAUGGGGUUUUCCAAGACAAGAACCAAACAGUACUAUCUACAAUCGAUGACGGAAUAAUCAACAGAACAAAGAAACAGAACGUUCCAAUCAGAAGAAUAACUGCAUCAGGAGGUUCAAGUAACCACGUUGCAUUCAGUGCGCAACUGUCAACGGACACUUUGGAACUUGGUCUCCAUCACAUGAUACCUUUCGAUGUUGCCAUAACCAAUGAGGGCGGUGCAUUUGAUACCACGUUGAGCGUGUUUACCUGUCCAGUGAACGGCAUUUAUACGUUCAUGUGUGCUCAAACAUCAUUGCGUAAUGACUACAUACAACUAGAAAUCGUCAUUAACGGUAAUAGUGUUGCCGAAAUGUAUGCGGCUGGCGCUACCUCAGGCUCAGGGCACGGCUACGACCAGGGUUUCAACUCCGUGAUAAGAAGAUGUAACACUGGGGACAGGGUCUGGGUCCGCGUGCACAAUCACGAUGGAACUGCCUUGAACAGAUAUGGGUCCUCAUUCAGUGGGUUUCUUAAUUGGAUUCUAUAA